AUGUCAAUAUCCACAGAUGCUUUAAGGUCAUUUCACUUGCGUGUUCUAUUCCCACAUAUCCUUUCGCUAUCGAAGACUGAUCCACGCCGACUCAAUGCACCUCCACGAAUUACACGUUCCAAGCCUAUCGAUUCCGAGCUAUAUACCUACAUUGCACUUCUUGUCCGAGAUUUCAUACACCCAUGGUACCGAGUUGUGACCAAUGACCAAGACUUUGUGGCCGAGCUUGUCCGUAUCCUUAUUGUUGUUAUUCGAGAGCUCGAGACACGAUUUUGUGAGCAGGUGGAUUGGACAGAGCUUAUCAUGAUCAGUGCUCCCAACUUGUUAUCGAUCCAUUAUCAAGACUAUCGACAAGCCAAGAUGCGACUUCAUAUGAGCCAUGCCGGCAAUGCAGUAUCGCUUGAAGCCCUCUUUCAUGGUACACAGCCGCAUUUCGCAUUACGAUCCGAGGAACAGGAAAUUGAAUACCUUCGUGCUUUGACCGAUGCCAUCCUGCAAACAGUAUUGGAUCCUGCAGAUUACAACAGUGAUUGUGUACGCCAUCUUGUACGAGAACUAGUGGCCAACUUGGUCCUUGGUAAUAUUGUCGAGCUCUUGGCCGAUCCAUACGUUAUUCAUAUGAUUAUAUGCAAGCUAUUAGAAUCAUAUGAUCCAUUGGUGGAUGAACUCGAAGCAACCGGACAAUUCACUUCACCCGAGGAUUUGAUGUUGGUGGAUGAAGCACCUGAUGUUACGGAUGGACCUGAACAAAAGCAAGAACGUUUAGCUUCAGCAUUACAAGAAGCACAGGCAACAGACAUGUCGAAUGAACAACAACUUUCUACAUCAUCGCCACCACCACCACCUCUACAAUCCACAACACUGGAAAAAGAAGCUGAGAGUUUACCGAGUCAUAUGCAACGACUACAAGAAAAAAGACGACAACAAGGCGACGAUUUGGUUGAUGCAGGACGAGAUGAAUUGGAUGGAGCAAAAGCACAUGAACGACGCCAUUUUUCAUUUAUCUAUAUCACACUACAAGUAAUGCUGGCACCCAUUCAAACCAUGUGGUUGUACUUGACCGCCAUUUUGACAAGCUCUCAAGAACGAUAUCAACAAGUCGCUCAGCAUACCAAACGCACACGUCAUGUUCGACUUUUGGAGCCAUGGAUGCAUUUUCUACGUAUCGCGUUUUUGGUGGAUGAUCGACCCGUAUUACAAUGGACGUGGUCAAUGGUUGGGAUGUUUUUAUGGCCACUGGUGCGUGUACUAGGUGGAGGAUUGUUGGUGGAUAAAUUUUUGGAGCAAACCAUCAUGCACUUUUUGGGUGAAGAUCAGUUGGUGUAUUACUUGCAGCUGGGGCGCAACUUGCUUUGGCCAGAUGGGCAAUUUAUUCGUAAAGGCGAACCAGUGACAGCACAUGAAAAGGAACGAAUGAGGAUACGAGCUGAAAGGUUACUUACAGUUUGCUUUCCUGGAAUCAUGGGCAAGGUCGUCUUUGAAGCUGCAAAUCUGGAUGAACUACAAUCACAUAUCCAUGAUGCCAUUGAGCCAUUACAGAACAAGUAUAUCAACAAGCACCUCAUGUUUCUUUUGGUGGAUCUCGUAGCAUCCAAAGCGAUACCCAGUCUAGUAGACGAUCAAUGUAAAUAA